AAUAAGUUUCGCCCGAUGAUUUGGAAAAAGAAUGAUUUGAAUUACUUAACUCCGAGGGAAAUCCGCCACGACUUAAUCUGUUCAUCAACAUGCUGACAAAAUGUUCUCCGUCGACAUCCACCGCGAUGGACAAUGACACCGUCUCAUGCUACUGAGAAUCAGUUGCGAAAUGCGGCAUUGCAACGACAGUUGUCAGGAUCGCUGUCCGAAACCACGCGGCCAUUGUACAUACCCCGUCGUUUACGUGAAAGACAAAAGUCCCGUUCUCUCGAUAUCGGUAGGUACGUAGGUAAGUUGUAUAAAAUGAGCAGCAACUCGCGCGGAUGUGCUUCUACUAUGGCUGGUAUACUAGGCCCUUCUUCCGCCUUGCUUCUACGUUGUAGUAUUCCAUCAUGAAGUUAUCUCAAGUGCUUUCGACAAUAUCACUAUUAGCCGGUAGGGCAACUUCAUUCCCCGCAAAUAUACGCUCCUCGAUGGGACCCAGUUCCAAAUGGAUGACUCUUCCUCCCGUCGGUGGCGGCUUUGCAAUCCAGGAGCAUGGAACGACUGCAACUGAUACGCACCUCUAUGUUCUGGGCGGCAUCCCUCCCAACUCGAGUCUCGCCGCUGGCCCAAUCCCGGCGACGAAUACGUUCAUGGCCUACUCAUUUGAGACCAACAGUUGGCAGAACCUUACUGCACUUCCACAGCCUUUCAAUCACAUCAACGCUGCCGCGGUCAAUGGGAAGAUCUACGUUCUUGGUGGGCUUACAGGAGAUGGAGUAGAUGGUAUAUGGCACUCUACACCCAACAGUUUCGUCUACGACAUCACUGGGGAGACAUGGACGCCUCUACCUCCUCUGCCUGACGGCCAGGCCCGUGGCUCUGCUGCCAUUGGAAUCUCUGGCAGCACCAUAUACCUCGCUGGAGGGAUGGAGCGCCUCCAGGUUGGACCAGGUGGUCUUCAAUCAUCGCUCGACAUCGUGAGCGCGUAUGACACCGCAACGGGGACUUGGACAACGUUGCCGAGCCUUCCGGCACCACGGGAUCAUGUCGGGGGCGCCAUCAUAGGGCGAACGUUUUGGGUUGUGGGAGGUCGUGAUCACGGGCAAACGAACGUACGCAACACAACGUGGACUCUCGAUCUUGACGCGCCUUUGGAGGGAUGGAAGGCUCAUGCUGAGAUGCCCACUGCCCGCGGUGGACUUGCGAUGGGCGUCGUUGGUGAUUACAUUGCCACGUUUGGCGGCGAAGGCAACCCGGAUCCAGCCUCGAACGGGGUAUACAACGAAACAGAGGUUUACAACAUCAAGACGGAUACAUGGUACAGGCUACCUGCAAUGCUACACCCCAGACAUGGCACGAUGGCAGCUUCCGUGCAUGGUCGUAUAUACAUCCCCGGGGGCGGUAUUGUCCAGGGCGCAGGACCUGUGGAUACUUUUGAGUCUUUCGAACUGUAUCCAUAGUUUGCUACUCUGGGGUCCAGACUCUAGAGUCUGGACGUCGGCCUAGUGUAUUCCAUGGAAAGUUAUCUCGGAGCGAAGGCGGCAUUGCCCGCCAAGUCUAAAAAAAGGGAGAGAACACAUGAUGUUUUGUUCUAGAAGGGGGUGGGGAUUCAUGUUACGUAGGGCUACCUGCUCGUGCCUAGGAAGUAUAUAUCUGUUGCAGGUGCCUCAGGCACCAUAGGCUCCACUAGAGCCAUUUGUUGGCACUCCGCCAUUGUAGUUAGGAAUCAAGCAAGCUUUCUUCCUUUCCUCUU